AUGGUGCUUCCAUUGCUCAAAGUUGGUAGUUUGUUCAUCAAGAGUUUAGCAAAGCCAUUCUCAAAGCAAAUCAAAAUAGUUGCUAGUAAAUCACCAAGAUUUCACGCAUCUGUUUUAAGUGGUGAUAGUACGAGAAAAGCAGCGCAACUCAAUGUUAACAGUGCGAUUGAUUUGGGAAGUGAGAUGGCCAGUGAAUUCUUCUUGUUGAGCGUUGCAGUCGGUCUGUUGUUGUUUGAAAACAAGAGAUCCGCCGACAAGGACAAAAAGAAAGAGGAAACACUCAACGCGAAAUUCAACUCACUCGAGGAAAACAUCAGAGCUCAGUCCGACGAGAUCGAUCUACUCCGCAAACAAAUAGACUUGCUCUAUGGCGAGAACAAUGUAUUAAAAGGAAAAAUUAUAGAAUCUGCACUUUCACCAUCAUCAUCAUCAUCAACGUUAUCAUCAUCAACCGACAAUAAUAAAGUCUAUUAA